AUGUUAUCAUCAAUGGUUGGUUCACAAAAAGAAUUCUCAAAUUCAUUGAGAGAAUUAUUAGAAUUGGAUUAUGAUGCAGUUGAAGCAUAUAAAACAUCAAUUGAUAGAAUUAGAGAUCCAGAGUCCAAAGAAAUGAUCACUGGUUUCAUGCGUGAUCAUGAGAAUCAUAUUAAAGAGUUGACUGAUAUCUUCAAGAAACAUAAUAUGGAUUGUCCACAAGGUCCAACCUCAAAGCAAUGGUUAACCAAGGGUAAAGUUGUCUUAUCAAAUAUCAUUGGAGAUGAUGGUAUUCUCUCUGCCAUGCAUAGUAAUGAAGAAGAAACCACUAAAGCCUAUGAAACCUUGGUCAAUAGAGAAGACAUUUGGGAAGACUCUGAAGAUUUCCUUAGAAGAGGUUUGGAAGAUGAAAAAAGACAUAAAACUGGUAUUGAAGAAAGAAGAAAAGUUUUAAAAGAAAAGCAUUAA